AUGUCCCAGCAAUUCCCUUGGGACAUUGGCGUCUAUGAUGCCCACUGUCAUCCCACAGACACCAUGGCCUCAGUGGCAGACAUCCCACAAAUGAAAGCGACAACUCUGACAAUCAUGGCCACGCGAGGCGAAGACCAAGACCUUGUACAACAAACAGCGAUGUCACUCGGUAAAUCAGGGCAAUCGCCAGAAAGAGCGAUUCCCUGCUUUGGGUGGCACCCCUGGUUCUCACACCAAAUCGUGGAUGAUACCGACGCAAACACAGCUCAGCAAAAAGAAGACCACUACAUGGCUGUAUUAUCGCCCUCACCAACAGAAGACAAAUCAUUUAUCAAUGCUCUUCUGACUCCAAAACCACUCUCAGAGCUUAUAGCCGAGACCAAGGCCCGACUACAAUCUUGUCCAGACGCCCUAGUCGGCGAAGUCGGCUUGGAUAAGGCCUUCCGCCUUCCGGGUAUCUGGUCACCAGAUGAACUAGAGAAUCGAGAUGGCCAAGUAACACCCGGCUCGCGCGAGGGAAGACGUCUCUCGCCGUAUAAAGUGAAGCUGGAUCACCAGCGCACAGUUCUUAAAGCACAGCUACAGCUAGCUGGGGAAAUGGACCGCGCUGUUUCGAUGCAUAGUGUGCAGGCGCACGGCGCGGUCUUCGAUACGUUGAAGGAAUUAUGGAAAGGUCAUGAGCGGGUUGUUCUCUCACGAAGGAAGAGGGAUAAGCAGCAGGAUGCGGAGGGUGCAGUGUCUGAGGAUGAGGCAUCUGCACCAGAUAGUAAAAGCCCACCUCCUUUCCCACCGCGUAUCUGCAUGCAUUCGUACUCUGGUCCUGUGGAGCCGAUUCGACAAUUCCUACAUCCGUCAAAUCCAUCAGAUGUUUACUUUUCUUUCUCGAGUCUUAUCAAUUUCAGUGGAGCUCCGGCGCGGAAGAUCACUGAUGUUAUCAAGGCUUUGCCUGAUGACCGGAUCUUGAUCGAGAGUGACCUCCAUACGGCAGGUGCGCAGAUGGACGACUUGCUUGAAGAUGUCGCUCGGCAAAUUUGCAAGCUUCGAGGAUGGGAAUUGAGACAUGGUGUCCAGGUGCUUGCGGAUAAUUGGCAACGUUUUGUAUUCGGCUAG